CAAGUGCUGCUUGGAAAGGGCUUAGGUUGUUUCCAGGGGGAGAACUCUGCAGAGAAGAGGCAAAGUUCAACAGGACAACAAAGAAGCUGCAGAAACAGCCAGGAAAAGGAAGAGCCCUCACUUUUUAUCUCAGAACCUCCAACCAGAGUUCUCUAAAGUAAUUCUGCAAAAUACAACUUGACUGAAAUUUUUUACCUGGGUUUUACUUCACACCACCACCAUGACGGAGAUCACUGCUGAAGGAAAUGCAUCUACAACUACAACUGUGAUAGACAGCAAAAAUGGAUCUGUGCCCAAGUCCCCUGGGAAAGUGCUGAAGAGGACAGUGACGGAAGAUCUCGUAACAACAUUCAGCUCCCCGGCCGCCUGGCUCCUGGUCAUUGCUCUGAUUAUCACAUGGUCAGCAGUUGCCAUCGUUAUGUUUGAUUUGGUGGAUUACAAGAACUUUUCAGCGAGCUCUAUUGCCAAGAUUGGUUCAGAUCCUCUAAAAUUUGUUCAUGAUGCUGUGGAGGAAACCACGGACUGGAUCUAUGGCUUCUUCUCUUUGUUGUCUGACAUCAUCUCAUCUGAAGGUGAUGAGGAAGAUGAUGAAGGAGACGAGGACAUUGAUAAAGGAGAAAUAGAAGAACCUCCCUUAAAACGAAAAGAAAUACACAAAGAAAAGAUUGAAAAGCAGGAAAAACCUGAAAGAAAAAUACAAACUAAAGUGACACACAGAGAAAAAGAAAGAGAAAAAAUAAAGGAGAAAGAAAAAACUGAAAAGAAAGCAACUCACAAGGAAAAACUUGAGAAAAAAGAAAAACCAGAAACAAAGUUAUUAACAAAAGAGGAGAAGAAAGCUAAAACUAGAGAAAAGACUGAAGAAAAGACUAAGAAGGAAGUGAAAGUUGGAAAACAGGAGAAAGUGAAGCAAACAGCUGCAAAAGCAAAGGAAGUAGAGAAAACACCAAGAUCUAAAGAGAAGGAUGCCAAAGAAGCUGCAGCUGCUGCAAAACAUGAACAGAAAGAUCAGUAUGCAUUCUGUCGAUAUAUGAUUGACAUGUUUGUCCAUGGGGAUUUAAAACCAGGACAAAGCCCAGCCAUACCCCCUCCAUCACCGACAGAGCAAGUUUCAAGACCCACUCCAGAAUCAUCUACUCUCGAAGAAAAAGAAGGAGAAAAGAAGAAAGCUGAGAAGAAAGUUACCACAGAAACGAAAAAGAAAACUGAAAAAGAAGAUGCCAAAAAGAAAAGUGAGAAGGAAAUUGUUGGUGAUGUGAAAAAAAAAGAACCAGGGAAAACUCCUGAAACUAAAGCCGGGACUGUAAAAGUUGUAGCACAAGCUGCCACUAAGAAGGAUGAAAAGAAAGAAGAUUCCAAGAAAGCAAAAACACCUGCAGAAGAGCAACCCAAGGGAAAAAAAGAGGAAAAAAAAGAACGACAUGACAAACCAGCAAAGUCACCAAAGAAGGAGCAUGCAGCUCCAAGUGAAAGACAAGUAAAAGCAAAAAUUGAAAAAGCCAAAGAAGAGGUUAAUGCUGCCUCAACCAGAAAAGGUGAAACUGGAAAGAAGGAAGAGAAAGCCGCCAAGACAGUGGAGCAAGGUAAAAAGUAA